AUGAAGCUUUGGAUUUAUCUCCUUUAUCCAUCUCUUCUUGCUUGUUUAUGUCUACAAUCCCAAUCACCAAUGCCCUCAGUCAGAGGCUCUUGUGAAAGUCUUUGCAAUUGUGAGGAGAAAGAUGGCAUAAUGGUAAUAAACUGUGAAGAAAAAGGCAUCAAUAAAUUAUCCCAAAUCAGUGUGCCUCCAUCACGACCUUUCCACUUAAGUUUAUUAAAUAAUGGCUUGACAGUGCUUCACACGAAUGACUUUUCUGGGCUUACCAAUGCCCUUUCAAUACACCUUGGAUUUAAUAACAUAGCAGAUAUAGAGACUGGUGCAUUUAAUGGCCUUGGACUUCUUAAGCAACUUCACAUCAAUCACAAUUCUUUGGAAAUUCUUAAAGAGGACACCUUCCAUGGUUUGGAGAACCUGGAAUUCUUGCAGGCUGAUAAUAAUUUCAUUACAGUAAUUGAACCAAGUGCCUUCAGCAGGCUCAACAGGCUGAAAGUGUUAAUUUUAAAUGACAACGCUAUUGAGAGUCUUCCUCCAAACAUAUUUCGAUUUGUUCCUUUAACCCAUCUAGAUCUUCGUGGGAAUCAGUUGCAAACAUUGCCUUAUGUUGGCUUCUUAGAGCACAUUGGCCGGAUACUGGAUCUCCAGUUGGAGGACAAUAAGUGGGCCUGCAAUUGUGAAUUAUUGCAGCUAAAAAACUGGCUAGAAAAUAUGCCUCCACAAUCUAUAAUUGGUGAUGUUAUAUGCUACAGCCCUCCACUUUUCAAAGGGAGCAUACUGAGUCGCCUGAAAAAGGAAUCUAUUUGCCCUACUCCACCAGUAUAUGAAGAACAUGAGGAUCCAUCAGGAUCUCUGCUGGCCAUAACAUCUUCAACAAGUGACAGCCGCCUAUCAAGCAAGAAUACAUCCAUUUUAAAACAACCUACCAAAGCACCAGGUUUGGUACCUUACCUUACAAAGCCAUCCACUCAGCUUCCGGUACCUUACUGUCCUAUUCCUUGCAACUGCAAAGUUCUCUCCCCUUCUGGACUUCUAAUCCACUGUCAGGAGCGCAAUAUUGAAAGCUUGUCAGAUCUACAACCUCCUCCACACAAUCCUAGAAAGCUGAUUCUUGCAGGCAAUAUUAUUCAUACCUUAAUGAAGUCUGACCUGAUGGACUAUUUCACUUUGGAAAUGCUUCACUUGGGAAACAAUCGUAUUGAAAUUCUUGAAGAAGGAUCAUUUAUGAAUCUGACAAGACUCCAGAAGCUCUAUCUCAAUGGCAAUCAUCUGACCAAACUAAAUAAAGGCAUGUUCCUUGGUCUUUUCAGUCUCGAGUAUUUGUAUCUUGAAUACAAUGCAGUAAAGGAAAUAUUACCAGGAACCUUCAACCCAAUGCCUAAACUGAAAGUUCUUUAUUUAAAUAACAAUCUCCUUCAAGUUUUACCUGCACAUAUUUUUUUAGGUAUUCCUCUAACUAGAGUAAAUCUUAAAACAAACCAGUUCACCCAUUUACCUGUAAGUAACAUCUUAGAUGACCUUGACUUCCUGAUACAGAUUGACCUUGAGGAUAAUCCCUGGGACUGCUCUUGUGACCUGGUUGGAUUGCAGCAAUGGAUACACAAGCUUGGCAAGGGCACCAUGACAGAUGAUAUCCUCUGUACUUCCCCAGGGCAUCUUGAAAAAAAGGAAUUAAAAGCCCUCAACAGUGAACUUCUUUGCCCUGGUUUAGUAAAUAACCCUUCCAUGCCAACUCAGAGUAGUUACAUUAUUCUCACUUCUCCUACAGUCCCACCAGAUACAGCUGGUACUAUUUUAAGUUCUCUCACAGAUGCUGUGCCCCUAUCAGUUCUAAUAUUAGGACUUCUGAUUGUGUUCAUAACUGUUGUAUUCUGUGCUGCAGGGAUAGUGGUUUUUGUCCUCCACCGUAGGAGAAGAUAUAAGAAGAAAAAAGUAGAGGAGCAACUGAGAGACAAUAGUCCUGUCCACUUGCAGUACAGCAUGUAUGGUCAUAAAACCACUCACCAUACAACUGAAAGACCCUCUUCCUCUCUCUAUGAACAGCACAUGGUGAGCCCAAUGGUUCAUGUCUACAGAAGUCCAUCCUUUGGUCCAAAGCAUUUGGAAGAAGUUGAAGAAAAAAAUGAUAAAGACGGAAAUGAUGCAAAACAUCUUCAAAGGAGCCUGUUAGAACGAGAAAAUCAUUCACCUCUUACAGGUUCAAAUAUGAAAUACAAAACUACAGACCAAUCAACAGAUUUCCUAUCUUUUCAGGAUGCAAGCUUAUUAUAUAGGAACAUUUUGGAGAAAGAGAGGGAACUUCAGCAACUAGGCAUCACAGAGUACCUAAGAAAAAAUAUUGCUCAGCUCCAGCCAGAUGUGGAGGUUAACUAUCCUGGAGCCCAUGAGGAGCUGAAAUUAAUGGAAACAUUGAUGUACUCACGACCAAGGAAGGUGUUGGUAGAACAGACUAAAAAUGAAUAUUUUGAGCUCAAGGCUAACUUGCAUGCUGAACCUGACUAUUUAGAAGUCUUGGAGCAGCAAACAUAAAGGGACUGUUUGUGGGCUUUUACAGAAAUGCUGUGAUUCUGACUUAAUUCCAAACCUUUGAAAUAAGUGCCUUAUGUGGGUGCC